AUGAAUUUCAACAAUUAUAAUUUCCAUCAUAAUUUUGAUCCAAAUUACAUUCAUCACCCAGAGGGCUUUCAAAUAAAUGGCUAUUAUAAUCAAUAUCCUUAUGAUCCCAAUACUUAUUGCCCAAUAGCCAUGCCUCCAGUUCAACAGAAUUUAGAAAAUCACUACACUCAACAAAACUACAAUUAUUCUACAUUCCCUGCUUACAAUUUACAAGGUCAAGAUUAUAACUACACAAAUCCUGUGGAACCAACCGUACAACAAAAUAUUCCUUCAAAAGUUCAUGUCAACCCUCAUUUUGGAAAAACAAAAGUGUUUAUAAAUCCGAAUUUCAAAAAAAGCAAUGAGACUGAAACUGCUCAAUCCACAAAAAUUUAUUUUAACCCAGAGAAAUGUGGUGGAUCAAAUAUCCACAUCAAUCCAAAAAUGCAAAAUUCUUAUGUAAAUGGAGAAAUUCUAAAGGCUAUAUCAAAAAAUUCUGAUGUUAAACCAAAAGUUAUCCAUGUAAAUCCAAAGAUACUUAACUCAGAUAAAAAAGUGAAUACUCCAGGUAGAAAAGUAAUUUCAACUAAAAAUAAAUUGGUAAGAGUACAUGACUCAAAUAUAUCUCCAAAUACGAGUGUGAGAAAAAGAAGAAGUUCACUUGUGUCAACUUAUAAAAUUAUUAAAUCAACUGUGAUAACCAACUAUAAAAUAAGAAGCCCAUUAAAGAAAAUUAACAUGUUCAAAGUUGAUAAUCGUGUGUUAACAUUUAAACCAAAGGCAAAAACAAACGGUAGUUUUAUUAGAAACAGAAAGAAAUACGUUUAUGUAAAUAAAUUUGUAAGCAUAAGUGAUAUUGCCAAAACUAAUUUGUUGAAGAAAGUUAAUGUUGUUAAGAAUAAUAAGUUUAUAAAUAUUGCGGGUGUUACGUAUAGAAGAUCAAUAAAUUCUUUAAAAAGGGCAGAUUCCGAAAAACCCAUCAAUAAAAUAAAGAAUACUAGAUAUAAGUUGGUUAGGACAACCAAUAAAAUAAUAAGAAAUAAAAGUCCUAUUAAACACCAUAAAGUUUCAAGGAAAAUUGUUACAAAAAAGAAUGUGCCAUCUAAACUAAAAAAAUGUAAUGUGCCAUGUCCAAUCUAUAGAAAAUAUGGAAGGUGUAUAAAAAAAGAUAAAGGAAUAUGUGUUUUUAAGCAUAAUCCUAACCAGAUUUCUUUGUGCACUAGAUUUUUACAAGGUGCUUGUCUUAAUGAAAAAUGUCCAUUAUCCCACAAGGUUUCAGCUGAAAAAAUGCCCACCUGUAAAUAUUAUCUGGAAGGUUCCUGUUCUAGGGAUAAUUGUCCCUAUUUGCACGUUAGAAUUAGUCCAAAAGCCGAUAUUUGCCGCGAUUUUCUGGAAGGAUAUUGUGAAAAAGCUGCUGAGUGUGAUAAAAGGCAUCAACUUCUGUGUCCUGAUUUUGAGAAGACUGGUAAUUGUCCAAAAAAGAGGUGCCCUUAUCCUCAUGGCAAAAUGGUAAGAAAGUAUACUGUACGUAAAAAUAUUGCCAAGAAAUGUUCAGAAAAAUUGAAAAAGUCUAAUGAUUCAGAACAAAACCCCAAAACAAAUUCCGACAAUCAAAGUACUUCCAAAGAAGAAAAGUCUUCUAGGUACUAUUUAGGCAAAGAUAAGCAAAAUUCUAAAGAUAAAAAUGAGCUUGUUUGUGAUCCUGAUGUAAACUUUAGAUCUCGGCCAAAAUUAGGUACAUUACCUUCUUAUAUACCAUUCCAUGAAGAAAGUAAAUGA